CGCGGACACUUAUUGCUUAUAUUAUCUUAUCCAGGAGAGGGAAGAGAAGCAGAAACAGCUAGAAGCAGCGCAAAAAGAGCUUGAAAACGAGCAAGAGGAUGAAUCCAACCUGUUCCUAAAGAACAUCGAGAGUGUACAGCGCAGGCCCAAGCAGGACAGCCCGAAAAGCGAGAGCGUCGACAAAAGACAGGUGGUGAACUUAGCGGUCAGCCAGAAGCCGCCCGCCAAGAACUUGCUAGACGAAGACAAAGAGGAGUUGGUCGGCAAGAUGUUCGCCGGCUUGCUACACGCUGAUCGUCUGCAACAGGCGCUGGCUGUUAGGAAGGGACGGACGCUGGUCUGCCGUUUCCUAUCGCGCGUGCCCGCGACGCACGCGCGCCUGCGCUCCCUAUGGGCACGCGUUUUGCGCGCGUUGCCUUCAGUUGCACGACGCGCUGACAACGCGUUGCAGCCGCUACAGCCACAUUAUGCCAGUUACAUGCAAGCGUCCACAGGCUGGGCGCCGGUUUUGGAAUCGUGUGCUCUGUUAGCAGAAGCAUUGGAACCCGCUAGGACACCAUACUCGCUCACUUCUUCGUUCACUCUAAGCUGCAUAUGCUCACUAAUAGAACGCGCGUCUACCCUCGUUAACACGCCCGAUGCAACCGCCAACGAGCGCCAAUGGUCAAAAUUCCUCAAAACUGUGGCCAGAGCGCUCAAAAAUACCAGUUUGACCGUCGCCAGGCCGGUCAAACCUUUGCCAGAGGUCAAACUAAUGUACCAUCUGAAGCAACUAGAAUCCAGGACGACGAUUGAGAUCCUGCAAAGAGGUAAAAGCGCGGAAUUUGUAGAUGUGACCAAAAUCGAUGUUCAAGAGCAGUUGGUCAAACAUUUGUGUUGAUUGCGUGUUGGUGGCCAGUGUUGGCCGAGCGACGUUUGUUGGUCAGGUAAAUUGUUGACCAAUAUUUGGAUGUUGGUCAAACUUUUGGUCAAAGUUUGCUAAAAUGUUGACGGUGAAAGUAGCCGUUUAUAUGAACCUAUCAAAGUCAAGGAUUGUCACAAAUAAAAAUUCUUGGCCAUACGGGACGAGAUAUUUGAAUAAAUGCAAAGUUUGACCAAUACUGGAUAAGUGUUGGUCAAUUUUGGACAAAAGUUGUUAUUGUGGGAUAAAUAUGAAGCGAAAUUGGACUCGGUAACCGAAACGCGAAGAUUUUAAAUUGUAUGACAAGAUUCUCGUCCAAGCUUUGCGCCAAUGUUUAUCCAAAAGUAAUGAAUUACCUCAAAAAUGUGUCGAUGUAUUGUAUGUUUUAUAUUAUUGGGUGUAUUUUCUAAAAAUAAUUGUUGUUUAUAUAGAGAGACAUAUUUUUGCCCACAGACGUCGUAAUUUCAAUUUAAUUUAAAGUACGUAAUUGUUGCAUUUUUUCUUGUUUUCAUAGAGCCAACAUUCGUUGUAACCUUUAGGGUGAGUACAGACUAAAGCAUUUUCUUGUAACAAAACAACGAACCGCUCUAUGA